AUGAGGCUAACUCCACCCAGACUGAGAAGACAGACCACAUCGAGGAAGAAGAGGGAGCGGAAAAGGACAAGAAGAAAGGGGGACCCCCAGGGACAGCACAUAAUGGGCAAGAGUGGCAGGACGAAAUUAACCGCAGAACAAAACAGCCAAAAGAUCCCCGACAGAAUAGAAACAGGGACGUAA